AUGUCCAGUGCCUCGCAGAGGGCCAGGUCUGAGCCGCGGGCCAAGGGCGGCGGCGGCAAGGGCAAGAGCAAAGGAAUUGGCAAGGCAGGCAAGACCAACGCGAGCGGAGCCAACCCCCUGGACUACGUCCGCUGUGCGAACUGCUCGUACAAGUGGAACUUCAAGGCCAGGGUGGAGUGCUACAACUGCAAGAAGCCGCUCAAGCCUGCCGCAGUGGACAAGCCUCCGCAGCUACGGGCAUCGGCGUGGCCAUUCGUGCGCGAGCCGUGGGUGCGGCACUCUGACGACUGGUUCGGGUACGAGGCACCGCCACCGCAGCCCGCCCCGCCGUCGGAUGCAGAGUGCCUCGCGGCGUUGGCGGCCAGGCAUCCCGAGCACGGCCGGCAGCUCGAGGCCAUCAAGAUGGCAGUCGCACCACCGCCCGUUGCGGCCACGGUGUUGCCAGAUGUGGCCCUCAACCGCGCCCAGGCCAAGCAGCGGCGGGCUCAAGCCGCCUUCCUCUCCAAGUCCCAGCAGGUCCACGACGCCGAGCAGUGGCUCCAGGCCUGCCGCGAGGAGGAGGUGCGUGCUGGUGAGCUCGUCCUGGCGUGCAACGUGGAGGUGGAGGAGGCCUACAAGGCAGCAGCGCCCAAGGGCGUCCAGGUGCAGGCGCAGGAGGCGCAGGAGCCUGGCGCCAAGACUCAGCCUGCCGUGGGCCUCAACGUCACGGCGCUUUUGGCGGAAGACUUCCAGGUCGAGGCAGGCGACGCCUUCAGGCUGGACGACCCCGACCUGGACAUCACCGACACGGAGCGCGAGGAGUUCAACAAGUCCCUGGAAGGCUUCGUCGAGCAAGUCAAGCAGCACGUGCGCACCACCUUCGGUGAGGCCAAGACGCAGCUGGAGCAGAGGCGCAGCGAGAUCGACGCCAAGCACCAGCAGCUGCUGGCCAGGCGCAAGCGGCCUCGCACCGAGGCGGCAGGAGCAGCAGACCAGACGCCAGCCCAGGCGCCAGCCGCAGGUUGGCUCAGCUCAGGCGGGACUUGGAAGCAGCAGCCGCCGUUCCAGCUGGGGACGCAGAUGCGUAAGGCCCAGUCCUGGGGACCUGAUGCGCCGCCAGAGGCCAAGCCACGAGAGCCCAGACUCGUCCGCCUGGGCAGGCGGGAGCGGGCCAUCCUGGCCACGCGUAUGCGCCGCAUGGCUCGGCACUGGCGCCCUACCCCGUCGCUGGGGACCACGGCUCAGGACCGCAGGCACUGGGACUCCUACUGCGUGCCGUACAUCUUCCACCAGCUGGGCUCUGGGGAGUACACAGCCAUGCUGGACGACCUGGCAGCCACCACGGGCAGCGGAUCCCGAAUUGCCGAGCGCAUGAGGAUUGCACGGGAGUUGGGUGACGAAGCCUGGAACCGUGGAGGGGAUGCCAGGCGCCUCCAGCGGCAGUGGUUGGAGCAUCUGCAAGUGGCUAAUCAGGAUGCUUUCGAGCGUGAGGCGGCUCAGCAGGACCGCACCCAGUCAGCCGCGGAGCGGUGGUUCGACCGCCAGUCCCAGGUGCUGGAGGCCGACCUCGGCCCAUCCACCUCGACUGGGACCUCGGAGGAGCCGCUGUGUUGCUCUGCCUCGCCCGUUGAAUGCACCGAGCCCACUCCCACCCCAGCCGCGUGCAACCUCACGGACGAGCACCGAGGCUCAGCUGUCUCAUCUGGGGAAAGCCACUGCGGCCCUGGGCAGCCUAACAUCAUCGAGAUGGCCCAUGAGACUGUGGCACACCCUACCGAGGGCGGGGACGUCAGUGUCGGCAGUGUUGGCGGCCAGUCCACCUGCAGCGGGACUUCGGCAAAGCCCCAGUGCGACGUCGCCAAGUAUCGACCCUCAGCAGCAGGAGCCCGCAGAGGCAAGCGUCGACAGCGGAGCCACAGGCGCUUCACCUUCCACAGCGUCAAUGCCAGCCUCAGCUGGGGCAACGUUGUGGGCUACCUCCACGGCGCGGCACACCAGCAGCUCACCGAGGGCAAGAUUCCGAUCAUCGGUUUCCAGGCGCACGGCAAGCGGCGUUUAUGGGCCGAAGAGAGCGCACGGGCCCUGCCGCCCUUGGGCUGGAGGGCCCUGCUCACGCCAGCGACGGACGGCCCGAAUGGAGGGGCCUCGGCGGGCGUCUUGCUGGCGAUACAUGCCUGCGUCGGCGUCACUCUUGCAUCUGGACAGCGACACUGGGACAUAUCUCCCCCAGGUUGUGCAGGCAGGCUCCUGAUGGCCACCCUCGAGGCCAAGGGCAUCGGCAAGUUAUUGGUUUUCUGUGCGUAUUGCUUCACUGGUCAGAAGUUGGCGUCUGUGGGCAAUUCAGCUCCCCUGUCAGUUAUCACGGGGUGGGCAGUCCAGCUCCAGCUGCCCUGGAUCGUCAUCGCGGACUGGGAGAAUCUACCUGGCGCUUUGGAGCGUUCGCCGUGGAACAACCAGCUCAGAGGCCGCGUCGUAGCGUGGCAAGGGGAAGGGGGCACCAACCGCUCCCCGCACGGUGAGCGCGUGAUCGAUUAUUUCUGGAUGCACUCCAGUUUGGCUGCCAAUAUUUCCCCAGCCCGCAUUGACGACGACGCGGUCUACCACCCUCAUAGAGCCACAUGGGUCGAGUUUCAGCAGCCUUGGUCGGCCUUUACCUACACCAAGCUCAUCCGACCCCACAAGUUCCCGAUCCCAGGAGUCAAGCCGAGGCACUUCGAUCUCUCGUGCCCAGACGUGCCUGCAGGUUUCGACCCCGAUGCGGUGCCUACCCAGGAGCUCCUGGACGACACCUGGGAGGCUUUCUGCCACGCCGCCGAGGAGGAGCUGAUCCAGAAGGUGGGUUUGGACCCCAGCAGUCGGCAAGCCGAUCAAUGCCGAGGGCGUGGGGGACCACCGCGCUUCAGGAAGUGCCCGUUGCUCCCGACCCACACCGAGGCCAUCGCUUCGUACGGGGAGGCCAAGCGUUGGAGGUGGUUUGCCAACGAGUUGGCUUGGCUGGGCAUCAUUGAAGUAAAGCUUUUCAGCUACACGGGCGCUUCCGACCUGGUCCUCACCACGUUGCACCAGCAGCGGCACGCCUCCAUCCGCAAGUUGCGUGACCGCUUCAGGCACCACAUGCUGUUAGAAGGCGUGGCUGAGCUGCAGGAGUUCUUCGAGGUUUUCACGUCUCGGGACCGCGGCUAUGAAGACUUGCAGGAGCUCUCGGCUUGGCGCCUCAGCUGCAGUCAGUAUGCCUCGUACUUGGAGUGGCAGAUCGGCAAGGAACGACGAGAUUCCUUCAAGCAGCGGUUGGAGGACGACUUCCCAGGCUCGCAGGGGCUCCUCCACAGGGUCACCAAGUGGCGCCAGGCUUGGCAGGCUCCCAAGGGCAGCAUCUCCAAGAAGCUGCUCCCAGCGGCGCCUCAGGCCGCCGUGGACCAGGAGUUGCACGACUGGUCGAAGGUCUGGACCACUGGCUCAGGUUUCCCCAAGCCGUGGAGGGGCCUCCAGCAAGUCGCCGUCACGCCGCCCAGCCCUCACCACCUGCGCGGUUUGGCCCAGCGUUUCAGGGCCAAGACGGGGAUUGGCGUGGACGGAUGGCAACCCAAGCUUUGGGCCUACCUCACGGACGGCACGCUCUCGGUGCUCGCGUCAUUGCUGGCCUGGUGCCAACAACUGGGGCGGUGGCCGUCCCAGGUCCACCUCCUGCUCGUUUUCAUCAUCGGGAAGCUCGAUGGAGGGGGCCGACCCAUCAUUCUUCUACCUGGCCCUUGCCGAAUCUGGGAGGCGUGGCAGCUGCCCACCAUCAGGAGCUGGUUGGCGGCGCACCCCAGGAGCUACGACUACACGGCGGCGGGCCAAUCAUCGGAGCGUGCGCUGUGGAAAGCUUUGUUGGACGACGAGCUCGUGUUGGGCACAGGCAUACGUGCGGCCACGAUGCUGGCGGACCUCGCCAAGUGUUAUGAGAAGGUUCCGCAUGAGCGUAUGUGGUGGCUAGCAGCUUGGUGGGGCGGCCCGCUGGAGGUGGUCGCGCUCGCCCUGGAAAGUUUCGCCUUUGGCCGUGUCAUUCGUCUCGGGGAGGCCUGCUCGGCGGAGGUCCUGUCCUCCACAGCGCUCCCAGCGGGCAGCCGUUUCGCGCCCACCUUCCUGAGGUUCUACCUCACGCUGUGCUUAGACGACCUGCUGGGGGUUUUCCGCCUCACGAUCUACUUGUACGUUGAUGACAUCGCCUUGCGGGUCAUGUCCACCGAGGCGCGCGUCUUGCACAUGCUGCCGCAGGCCACGCGCUUGCUGUUUUGGAUGUUGGAGUCCUUCUUGGGCCUGGAGGUAGCCCGAGCGCGGGACGGGGCGAGAGGCAAGUGCUCUUUCCUGCAAACGGCCACUCCGUCUUCAGGCUUGACGCAGGCCAUGGCCGCCCUGGGAGCACCGCCCAGCACCUCCGAGCGGUGGCUCGGCAUCGACUACGGUCCCAGCGUCAAGACAGAGAACCAGUCAGCCCCAGUCAGACACGCGCGGCUCAAGAUAGCCAAGCAGCGUUGGCCUAAGAUCCGCGGCCUUCCUCGUGCACGCGGGGGCAAGCUCAAGAUGGUCGUGCGGCAGGGCCUCGGAGCCUCGGUCGCCUACGGCGCCCGUGUCCGCGGCACGCCCAGGCCCAUCGUGCGUUUCAUCCAGCAGAAGGAUCGGGCCGUCCGCAGGGGCGCCACAGCUUUUACCUCCCGAGUCUUGCACGACGGCCUCGACCCCAGUUGCGCCGACACCCUCGUUCUGGCACCGCUGCUGGCUUGGGCGAGGGAAGCUUGGGACCACCCAGAGGGGCGGCGUGCGCAGGCCACAGCAUGGGCCCGAGUGCAGCAACAGCUCGCGCUGUACAUGGACGCCGACGCUCAGGAGUUGUGGUCAGUGGUGCGCGGCCCAGCGGGGGCCACCUCAGUCACAGUUCGAGCCCAUGGUUGGAGCAUGCCGUCAGCCUUCGAGAUUGUCUUGCCUCCACGUGGCGGGGUGCUCCAAGGAGGGGACGUCCAUCUUGAUCUACUGCAGAUUUGCCCCAAGUCGGUCGAGGCCGCCGUGCUUUUGGCCGCCCGUUCCAGAGCCCUGUGCCAGUGGGCGGCGGCUCAGCCCGAGCGGGCUGCGCUCCUGCCAGCGCCGUGGCUCACCCCAGCGAGGCAGUUGGUCAAGCGGCGCAAGCAGGACGGGUGGCUGCAACACCAUGCCGACGCGGUCAAGAAGGCGGUGUUGGGCGGUUUCCCUUCGCAGGAGGCCCUUUUCUCUUCGGGCCAGGCGGACACUCCGCAUUGCCAGCUUUGCGACGACACGACCUGUUUCGGCACCCACCAGCACUAUUACUGGCGGUGCGGCAGCCCGACGUGUGCUACGGUGAGGGAGCAGCUGACGGCCCACGACGCGUCACCUACCUUCAGAGACGUCGGCCACCUGGGCGUGUCGGCCUCCUCGUCGGAAGCCUCAAGAUGGUUGUGGGAGCGGGGUUUGCGGCGAACCCCAUGUUACGGCUUGGCUUGGAGUCUACCGUCGCAGCGCACCCAUUGGAUCGUCAAUGGCGCGGCCCCCGAGCUCACCGAUGUGCUGGUUUCGGACGGAUCAGUCAAAGGCUUGGAUGACCUCAGGCACGGCGGCUGGGCGGCUUUGCAGUGCACAGCGGAGGCCGACGACGUGGUGCAGGGCCUGUACGGCCCACUGCCCUUUCCCGACCCCAGCUCGGUCCUGGCAGAGUUGUGGGGUCUCCUCCACGCCCUCAGGCAUUCGGUCUUCAUCACGGCCAUCAUCAUUGACAAUGCUCAGGUGGUCCAAGGCUUGGCUCGUGGCAGGGCAUGGUGUUGUUCAGCGGCCAGGCCCUAUGCGCACGUCUGGCUCGAGAUCUGGGAUCGCCUGGAUGACAUGGACAUCCUUCCUGGCAGAGAGUUGUCGGUCAUCAAAGUCGCCUCGCACAUAUCGCAGGCCAAACGCCUAGAGCUGCCAGAGGAGGUCCAGAUUCACAUGAGGCACAAUGACUUAGCCGACGAAUGGGCCAAGCAAGGAGCAGACCUCAGCGCGCCGCCAGAGUGGGCCACGUUGCAGGUCAAGCAGGAGCUCAAGGCCACCAAGCGCGUGCUCGAGUACAUCGGGCACUUCAGGGUCCUCCUCGACGGGGUCAAGUUGGCGGAGCCUAGGCACCCGCACGUUCUGGAAGUGUGCCGCGGCUAUUCCAAGUGCACCAACUGCGGCAAGGCGCCGCCGCCCGGCCUGUGCGACAGCGAGCAGACCAUGGAGAUCAGGGACGCCCAUGGCUACGACGAUACCGACGAGUUCGCGGCCCUCAGCGUGCACAGCGACCUCGAGGACGUGGACGACGGUGCUACGGCUGGCGCUGGGGCAGCUCCUGUUCCCACGGUGCCGCCUGCUGCUCAACCCGCUGGCGAGCCUGGAGCUGAUCAGGGCGAGUUGGCCAGCUCCCUGGACGUGGACGGCAAGGCUGCCACCCAGGCAGCGGCCGCAGUGUGCUCCGCCCCCUUGGCGGCACACCAAGCUCGUGCUGGCCAGGGCAGCCUGAAACACGGUGGUAAGGCCCCAAGGACUGGUUCCUCAGCAUCCUCGGCGGCGGCGGCGGGCUCUGGCCAGGGCGGCCUGGCACCGCUGGCGGGGUCCCCGCCGCCCUCGGCUGGGGCUGCGGCGGCCUCGGAGCCAGAGCGGGGUGCGCGCGGGCGGGCGGCCUCUGCCCAGCCCGCCAGGAGUGGCCAGGCGCUGCCUGCGACGGCCAGAGCCGCUUCAUCGGAGCCUCGGCCACAUACGGUCGAGAUCAUUGGCAACUUCGUGGUCUGCGUCGUGUGCGGUUCCUACUACAGCUCGGUGGCCAGGAACCUCGGCGGGCCGUGCAGGCGGCUGGACCCGCGCGACCCAGGCGACAAGGAGCGCCUCAGGCGCAUUCGCCGCAUCCAGCGCGGCCAG